ACCGCCCGCCCGCACUCAGCACUGCGAGGAAAAAAAAAAAAAAAAACCGUGCACCAUUAUACACAUAGCGACCCGUGGAGUGACUUUGUGCAUGACCACUACGAGUGCAACGCAAGACUGCAUGAAAGGAUAUGUUACGUAUGGGAUGUGCAUUCCUUAACCCUUAAGUGUUGUUGACAAGAGACCCAAUCCGGCUCCGGCCAUGCCGCCCUACAAGCCCGUCCACACGCUGCGGGCCUUCGCUAAGGACAAGGUGCUGUACAACAUAUGUGCCGUCAUACUCGACGAAAUAUACUUCGGCCAAGACGAAAACUGGGAGAUCUACGGGGCGACCUUGUCCGUGCGGCUGGGUUUAGUGCGGGACAUUGUGACGGGCGCCCUCACGCCCUGCCUUCUGGAGGACAUACUCAACACUAUCCUGUCCCGGGACGAGGCGGUGGAGGCGGUGGUGAGGUAUCUAGCCAUUCAGGUGCUGCUGGUGGAGGGCGUGCGGAGUGUAAAUGUUGGUAACUUCCCUGAGGCUUACCACACGCUGGUGCUGCACGCCGUGGCCAAGAACGGCACGGGUAUACACCAGCUGGACCUGCGCGGCCUAUGGGUGAAGGGCGAGCACAAGAAUGCUCUCAUGAGGGUGCUGAGGAAGCUCUCCGACAUCAGGAAGUUGACUCUGCGCUACACGUGUGACGAUGAUAUGCUGGCCACGCUGGGGAAGUACAGCGAAAACCUGCAGAAGCUCGAUAUCUCUGGGUCCCACGCCAUCACGGAGGAGGGCGUGAGGAAGCUGUGUGAUUACCCUUCCCGUGUGGUCAUGAGCAAACUGUCGGAGAGUUUACAAAUCGUGGAUCUGGGUGGGCCAGGCUCCAAGGGUCUGCCGCCCUCCUACGCUAGCUACCUGUUGCUCCACCUGCCGCAACUGGUCAGCUUGGGCUCCUACGAGCACACCGCCGCCGCCGUUGACCUCGCCCUUCAGAGCCGCCCGGAGAAGAAGUUUGGGCUGCGGUACAUGCAUGACUUGAUCACUUCACACAAGCGGUUCAUGUCCGUAGUCAGCGGGUGUCCUAAACUUACGUCAGUGUACUUUGAUUGUCCCAAGGACAAAGUUGUCCACAACCUGGAUCAACUCAAAGAGCUCAGAGAAAUCAAGAUGAACAAAGUGCGAUGGAGCGACGUGGAGAUUAUGCUGCAGAAAAUGGGCGGCCGCGUCAGGAGUCUAUUCCUGCUAUCCGUGUUCGGCCAGCUGGACCUGGUGGAGCUGGGCAGGUUGUGUCCCCGCCUGCUGCGGCUGGAGCUGCACAACGCCAUGCUGCUGUGCUCAGUGGACACCCACGACACCGCCUUCCGCCAGGUGCGGGAGCUGUUCAUCUACACCAACAGCAUCAGCUUGUCCUGCGUGAAGCUGCUUCUCAACCAGUGUGUAGAGGCCGAACACUUCGCUCUGGGGGACUGCGGCGUCCUCACUGACGGCCUGCUUCACGCCAGCCUGCUCCAACACUCCCUCCGCCACGUGCGUCACAUCUGGUUCGGCGUGGCGGAGCACCUCACCGUGCAGGCGCUGCAGUCGCUGCUGGAGUACUGCCCACAGCUCACCAGCGUGGGAAACCUGGCGGCCUGGGACGUGCGCCCCGAACACAUCGACCUGCUGCGGGUGGAGAUGUAUCUUACCAACCGUGACCUCACCCUGCACGAGGUGGGCCCGCAGGACUCCGAGGAGUGGGUGCCCAUCCUGGUGGUGUGACUCCCUGCACCGACACGCCGCCCUGGAGCGGCACGGCUCACCACGCCCCUUCUGAUUAGUGCUGUGAAGGAAAAUAAAGCUUAUUUU